AUGCUUACAAGACCCGGAAUGCAGGUCCUGGAGUGGGGGGACGCUUUGGAUGGUGCCGCCGAUGACGGCAUCAAGGAAAAGGCUCAACGAUCCUCACUCGGCAAACAUCUGGGCCUGGUGUUUGAUUCACUCGAAGCGGUACAUCCAGAUGCUCUCAUUGUUCUCAAGUUCUAUUCUUUGCUCGAACCCGAAACAAUUCCGCUCUUCGAGGCCUGGCUCCGCCCAGACAGAAGCGCUGGUUUUGCAGCCGACAUUGGAGCGGCUCCGAAACAAUCUUCCAGAAGAUUUAUUGGAUGCUUGAGCGCCUUGAACUGUUUCAAAAAAUUGCCGGACAAUCCUCCUGCUGACAAAGACGAACCAACGUGGCACCCUGCCGAUGAUUUGAUACAUAUUUUCCAAGACGAAGUACGGAGAGAGAGAGCCAUAGCGAAGCUCUGUGAUCUUAGUCUGGUACAUCGUGUCCGGAACGCCAAUCGAGUUUUAUGGAUGCACGAUCUUACUCGGAAGUCGGUCCGGGCUUCUAUCCCGCAAGAUGCUAUCCGAAAAUGGACGACCGCGGGUAUUGAAGUCGUGUAUCACAUGAUGCCGGAAGAGGACGGUACAGUCGAGGAGCAUGUUUGGGUCGACAAAUGCCUGCUUGCAGCAAUGGCUCUCAUCCGAGAAGCACCAGCGCGGGGACUGGAAGUCAGGGAGUACGCAUGUCUGCUAGCUCUCUGCGCGCUGUCGAAUCUGCACCACAACGCCUGGCCACUGUCACGGAAGCAGUUCGAGCAGUCUAAGCCGCUCUACGAGAAGUAUCUGGGGCAGGAUCACAAGCGAACCAUCCUCCUACUCCAUAAGCUCGCACUCGCCACGCGUCAUGACGGAGACAUGAGUAGAGCCGAGGCAUAUUGCAGACAGGCUUUGAAGUUAUACGAACAAAAGCUAGGCCCGACAGAUUCGAAGACACUGAACGUACUGAAUGACCUGGCUUCGACAAUUGAGCGGGCUGGUAGGCUGAAGGAGGCAGAAAGCAUGUUUAGAAAGCUGUAUGAACAGGAGGAGAAGGCAUCAGGGAUGCAGGGUCCCCGGACUAUGGCUGCAGCACACAAUCUCGCCUUGUGCCUUCAUAACCAGGGCCGACUGAGGGAAGCGGAAUCGAUAUAUCGCGAGGCAAUUAAAGCUUCCGAAAUCCACCUCGGUAGGGAUGAUCCAGGAACGCUGAAGACGCUCAGCAACUACGCUGUGACCCUUGACCAUGACGGUAAAUUCGACGAAGCACAAAAGACCUAUAAUCUCAUCAGGAACAGUUUCAUUCAGGUCAUGGGUCUUGACCACCACCUGACACUGCGGUUGCGCGGGAACAUGGCAGGAGUUCUGCGCCAGCAAGGCAAAUUUGACCAGGCCGAGUCAGUAAUGCGGGAUUGCCUGGACACGGUCGAGCAGACGUUUGGUCCUGAGAGCUUCGAGACUAUAACUGACUUGUAUGAGAUGGGCGAGAUCUGGCAGGCCAAGGGCGAGGUUGAACGGGCCAGGAACGCGUUUGAAAAGACCAUGAGCCACCUAUCCGGAGACAUGUUGGACCAUCCCGUGGUGUUCCGCUUCAUUGACUCAUGGGGCGCCGCGGAGAGAGAGAUGGGCCACCUCGACGUUGCUCGGGAAAAAUCACUGGAUGCUUACAACCGCUUCGAGCGUCUGCUCGGCUGGGAUGACCCGUAUACCCUGAUGGCAGCCAACGACCACGCAGAGGUCUUGCACGCAGAAGGCAAACAUAAUGAGGCGCAGGAUUUGCUGGCAAGGUGUCUCGACUCAUUCGCACAACUUCUAGGAAAAGAACAUCCACAUUAUGCCAUGGUGUUGAACAACCUGGGACGGGUCGCCUGGGCACGCAAGACCGAAGACCCCAUGCCAUACUUUGUGAAGGCUCACAAAGUUCUGACUAACCGGCUUGGGGAGGGCCAUUACUGCACCGCGACAGUGUCUGUCAACAUUGCAAGGAGUUUAUUCUACGCCGGCAACACAACGGAUGCCUUGGCAGCCCUUGAGACUUCGCACGAUGUUCUUGUUGCCGCGGUAGGAAAGAUACACCCUCUAUCCUCGGCUUGUGACACCACUGCUGGACUUAUUCUCGCCUCACGCGGAGACCAACCCUCGUUGACUGAGGCAGAGAGGCGGUUCUCAAGUUACAGGAAGGUCUCUGAGGAGAUGGGUAAUACAAAGAAUGCAGAUUACUACCUUAACGUCUGCCUGUUGCUUCUCGUUCGGAAGUUGUUACAAUACAGUGACUCGGAUCUGAAGCAACUCCGCAACAUCCUGAACAGCCCAGACGCGGGACGAGUGGCGCCAUGGGACAUUCCGGGGCUUGGAAAGCGUCCAGUCGCACAACUUGCUUCUAUGGAUCCUAACAAGUUCAGUUUCCAAGGUUACCUGCCGCUGGCGGUCGGCGAGACUAUUCGGUUGAGAUGGGGGAGAAAGACUUGUUGGAGGGAGGCGGAGAUUGCAAAACUGCAGGAUUAA